AUGUCUUCCAGCACAACAGCACUCGGACUAUUCCUCGCUCCGAUCGAGAAUCGAAUCUCCUGCUACGGGCUCACGAACACUUCACCGAUUCCGGACUCCAAGGUCCAGUCAGUAGUGGAGUUCGCUGUCAAGAACGCGCCUUCAGCGUUUAAUGUGCAAUCUGCUCGCGCUAUCAUUCUCGUGAAAGCUGACCACGAGAAACUAUGGGACAUUGCCGACAAGUGUCUGAAAAACGCCAUGCCAGAAGGUGCUUAUCAGGCGUUGGCGCCCAGAGUGAAAGGUUUCCAUGCUGGCUAUGGCACUGUGUUGUGGCUUGAAGAUCAGGAUGCACUGGAUACGUUGAAGGAGAAGAACCCAGCCAUCCAGGCAACGAUCGGUGACUGGUCCCAUCAUUCGUCCGGCAUGCACCAGUUCAUCACAUGGACGGCGCUGGAACUUGAAGGUUUGGGCUGCAAUUUGCAGCACUAUAACUUCAUGCCUGAAUUCUCGGAAGCGGUGGCCCAGGAGUGGAAACUACCGCAAAGCUGGAAGUUGCUGAGCCAGCUGGUGUUUGGGGCGCCGGCUGACGGCCUAAAGCGAUCGAGAGAACGCACGUAUCUUCCACUGGAGGAUCGGGUGAAAAUGUUCGGAACGAACUGA